AUGAUAACAGAGAGGGCUCUUUUGUCCGGUUACAGUUCAAAUGCACCGCCCAUCAGCUUGCGAUAUACGACCAGGGUGAGAGAGAGCUCAGAGCGCGUGUGUUGGUGGUGGUAA